AUGAGGAGUGGUAGGAACAGAGGCGAUUACUCACGCCGGCGUGAAGAUAUAGCGAGAGGGAAGAGACCCGUCGUAUCUGACGACGACUUCGUGGAGGAAUUGACCAUGCAGGAUGCUCCUUUUCCUGAGACCCUGCGAGAUGACGAGCCCGAUGAUACACUGACGGAGAUCGAGAUGCUGCGUCUCCGCAGCCUCCUCGACAUGAGGUUUGGCGGGACGCGGUAUGCAGAUAGUGACACGAUGCAGACGCUCCGCAUCGCCGAGGACGUCGACGAGAUGUUCACCAACGUAGGGAUCGGUCGACUCAUGUACCAGAAGCACAAGUCUUAUCGGAAGGCGACUUGCCUCUUACUCGCCGCAUUCACAGACCAUCCUUGCGACGCCGGCAAGUCUACACCUGACGGCAGCGACGGAUACAUUAGCUUUUGGGCUACGGGACGGAGGCACUACCUCUCAUACCGUGAGAUCGACCGAUCUCUCUCUCUACCGCCGGGCAACAGCCACGGUCUCGACGUCGACCGCGACAAGAUGACCGCACUCUGGGGGACGAUCGCGUUUGGGGAUUACUUCUCCUCAACCACGAAGUCCUCUCACAUCCGGAGCCCGCCGAUCCGCUACAUUCAGAAGGCGAUCGCCAACACGCUCUUCUCGCGCCAUGCCACUGGGAACGUCACAGAGACGGAGAUGGCCAUGAUCGACGUGGCACUCACAGGCAUCCGGUUAAGACUGAUCAACGGGACCCAGCUCACAGGCAGCAGAUCACACGGAGGCAUCACGCUCGCGCUUGUGAGCCAGCUCCGCUCUUACCAGGAUUGGGCGUCGAGGAACAGAGGCAUCCGGCACAAGUGCACAUUGCGGAUGGGCGGCUUGGUCACACCUCUCCUACGCGUCGUUGGUUUCACGGCUGAUUGGGAGGAGGAGGUCGCACCACCCGAGGGGCUCGACAUCGAGUACCUGAGGAACAGCGUCUUCCUGCAGAAGACGUCAGACGACAGACAGCUCCUCUACCAGUUCGUUCACGUUCAGCUCGGCGCUUCCCGCAUGUUACUUCCCAGCCCCAGCUGGACCACGAUCAGAGGAGGGUCCAACGUCGAGUUCAACCCACCUCAGUCCGCUCUUUACACUGGAGAUCGACCGUCCGUCAGAGACUACGCCACACCUCCGGCGACCACACACCGCGGUGAUUGGUCACACGCAGAGCUUGACACCACGCAGACGGACGAGCUCGACCAUCUCCACUUCGCGGGCUACACUACCACUGCCAGACAGAGCGCCGGACUGAAGGCGGCUCACCAGCACAUCAGCAUUCUCCUGCGGUGGAACAAGGCGCAAGACAAGAUCACCAGCAAGCUCAAGAGCAAGGUGAAGAAGAUGGCCGAUCAGAUCCGUGCCAUGCAUGACGAGCUGAGUUGUGUUGCCUCAGCUUCAGGAGGUGUACAGAGGACCGCAGUCGGUCCACGCCAGGCGGACCUCUCCGAGGAUGACGAGCCACACCACGACACCACUGGAGGUCGGCCACUACCCCCUGACCCGCCACGUCACUCCUCUUUCGAGCCGCGUCAGCAGCGCAAGAGGCGCCACGGAGAGCAACAGACUGCGAGACCAUCAGGCGCACGAGCUGACGCCGACUUGCCAUUCAGGCGAUGCAGGUCUGUCUCCAGACAGACGGCUCCGACGGAUCAUCACACUCCGCCGACGAGGGCUCCACCGGACCAGUAUGUGCCGUACAGCACAGAGGGAGCUGCGCCUACCACCAUCCCUCCAUAG